AUGGACUUUGGCAAAGGGAUAACAAAUAAAACUGCUACAGAGUAUUUAAACGAAGAACUGCUUCCAGCCUUAAAUUUUGCUUUUACUGAUCUACUAGAGCAUGUAAUAAAAGUUCACGAAAUCGAUAAAUGAAAAGAAAUGAAAGAAGAAGAGUAUCACAAAUAUCGCAGGGAAGCUAGAAAAAGAGAAAAAGAAAACGCAGGCGAAAGUGUCACAGAAAGCGAAGAAUGGGUAGACAGUGAAUUAAGCUCAACUGAAGAAAAAGAAGUCCCGCCGCCUCCGUUUAAUCCUCUUUUAUUUGUAGCUGAUAAAUUGAUGGAAUGGAAGAAAAUUCAAGCAGAAAAAAAUAGUUAA